CUUGCAGCAGUUGUCUCCAUGCGCAUGAUGCGCCAGACCGCGCCAUGGCACCCCGCGCACGAGAGCUUGAGGAUGCCGAUGAAAUUCAGUACUUGGAGUAUUGGUGCAAGUUGACCUUCCGCUCCACUGAUUUGCAUGUCAGGACGGCUUGGUCCUUCUAUGACGCCAGCGAUCUCGAGAAUCUUCGCGUCUACGCGGAGAAGCUUGAGGGCCCGAUUGUGUAUAGUUUUAUCGAUGUCGAAGACAUCACCGGAGAAGAGGCGUCUGGGAAGGAUUGGCACGACCUGGUGGAUGCGGGUUACUUGGACGUUGACUGGCGAGACGUGGAAUUCCCCGUCGGAUCCCUGGAGUUCCCCCGGGCCUUACGCCGGGGCGAAGCCAAGGCAUUCCUAGUGUGCAAAGUUGCGCUUGGACGUGCCAGCACAGUGAAAGAUGGAGAGGUCCCCAAAUUCCCGGAGUUCUUCUCCUCGUGCCUGGUCCGAAGCCAAGCGUCGGCGCUCGUGGCCAAAGCACGCGGUGCGGAUUCGCUGGACGCUGUGGCCGACUGGCAACAGGUCUAUCGGGUGAGAAAGCGAGAUCAGGUUCUACCCUAUGCACUUUGCGAAGUGGUUUUUGAAGAGCAACGGGCUGCGGCCAAGCCUUUGAUCUGUGAGUAUUGCGAACAGCGCCCCGCCGCGGUCUAUUGCAAGAAUGACAAUGCCCACUUCUGCGCCGCAUGUGACACCACGCAUCACUCGGAGAAUGAGUUCUUCGCGCGGCACCAAAGGUUUUCCUUGGAGCAUUCGCCUUUGCAAUUCGGCUUUUGCCGGCAGCACCCCUCAGAACGACAUGAAAGCGUGUGCUUACAAUGCAAGACGAUGCUGUGUCGGAUCUGCAACAAGUUCGGGGACCACGCGCGCAAGGAGCACGAGGGGCACACGCUGAUGUCCACGGUCGAAGCAUUUCAGCUGGCGAUGCAGCAGAGCACGGACUCAGAUUCGCAGCAAGAGAAGCACCAAACUCUCUUGCGGGAUGCUUUGCAAGAUCGACACUUUCAAAUGAUGGAAGUGCACAACAACUUCCAGGAGACCCAACACCAGAUGGACGUGGUUCUCCGUGGGGCCCUGGAUCAAUUGGAACGUGCUCAGUCCAGAAAGUUGGAGUUCCUUCAAUCAAUGAAGCGACAGGUGACCACGCAAUUGCUCUUCAUCCAAUGGCUGGACAACUUCCAGUCGCAUGCUCGAAUGGCCCUGCCACCAGCCGACUUUGUGGUGGCCACCAAACGGCAUGAAGGUCUAUUGGCAGCCCUCUUUGGCUCCAAUCAAGGUGCCGUUCCCAAAGGCGCUGAGUUGGGCCUUGGACCUAUCCCAGAUUGGGUGCAGGAAGAGCUUUUGCUUGAAGGUGCCGUGUCGGUGCAACUGACUUCCUUGCCACCGCCGAUCCCCGAGCCGGGACCACCAGUGCCCAAACCCGCCGUCGAGCUGCCGAAGUCGGCCCUCACCAAUGGCCAGGCUGACCAAGAGCCAGGCACCUCAUACUUAGAAGCAACGCCCCGCGGACGCCCUGCAGACGCACCACACGCCCCGCAGCGCCCGGCUGCACCAGCGGGCAUCGCAGGGGCCAGUGAUACGCUGUAUGUGCAGAAGCGCGAAGCCGAGGCAAUACCCAGCGCAGCCACCGCAGCGAGCACCGCCCUGGCCGCGAGCAGUGCCAGUCUGCUGGACGCCGCAGCAUCGGGACUGCUGGACGCAGCGGCGGUCUCUGCAGUGGAGCAGGUUCCAAGUCAGAAUGCUCGGGCUGAAUUCGAUGGAUACAUCUCCCAGGCCUUUGCGUACUUGGACGAAGCUCAAAAGCGCAUCGACGCCCGCGCCAACGCGCUCCCCUCCAUCGCAGCCUCAGCAGUGCCCCCACGGGUGCCAAGUCUGCAGCUGGCGACAGAGGUCCUGGUGCAGCUACGGCAGAGCGCUGAGCAGGUGGGCGGCCCUGCGAAGCCUUGGGGUGCACUACUCAUGUUACUGGGCUCUUGCCCGGGCGGUGAGCGGCAAGAACUCCUCCUGAAAGCGCUCCGGGUGGCUGCUCCCAUUGGAGAUACUGCAGGGCAACUGGCAAAAUCAGUGGUGGAAGAUGAUGUACAGCGGACGCAGGUCCCGUCACUCUUGGUUUCAGCCAAUGGACUGCAUACUGCGCUGGUAUCCGCCCUGUUACGUUUGAGUGGCAGUUCCUUCAUGGAAAAGGAGAUCACUAUGCUAAUUCGUGAGGUGGAAGUCUCCUCCGACACAUCCAUGCACCAGUCGGUCGAGAACUUCAUCCGGAACAUGGUGCAUGCUUUGCGGAGUGGUCAGGGUCAUGUCCAUCCUUCACUAUCUUCCGUGUGUCACUUGGUCUACUCCGCUGCAGAGGUAAAGUUUGGCAUUUUAGCAGCACAGAACGCCGUCGCCACUCUUUUGUUGAGCCGCGUCAUCACACCCUCUUUGCUCCGCGCGCGGCCCACCGAGCCUGCCGCGGGCGGCGCUGCCGCGCCCUUCUCGGAGCGCGUCUCGGAGCUCUCCAGGCUCUUGCAGCGAAUCGCCCACUUUGCGCAUCACGACGACGACGCGCGGAGCCAUGCCGGUGUGCCUGACUUGUCUGAAGUGCUGAAGCACGUCGCAGCGCUCAGGGAGUUGGUCUCUAGGGUCUUGGCUUUGCCACCAGAUCCACAGAUGGGUCUCAACUCCGCGACCGAAGACUCCGAAGCCGCUGCGCUGUGGAUCGUCCAGACCUGCCGCCGCUGGAUGGCCCAAGUCCCCGCCGAAGACGCGGGGUCACGCCGCGCGGACGGGCGCGCGCGGCAGCAGCAGCAGUUGGAGCUGAUCGCCGGUCCGUUAGCACGCUUGGGCGAGCCUUCCCAUUCGUUUCACGCGAUGCCCGAAGCACCGCGGCCUUUGGCGGAUCGACAUUGAUCGACCAUGAGAGCGGUUCUCGAUCAGAA